AUGAAGAUUCGCCUUUUGGCCUUGAUUUUUUUACUUGUGAUCUCCAAUGCUUCUGCUGAAGAGAUUCCAUCAUCAGAUAAAACCGAGAAUGACUUUCUCGGAAAUACUGCCAGUUUUGCAGUUGACAGCAUACUAGAAAACACUGAAUCGGAUAAAGUUGAAAUGGAAGAUACCAGUCUUCGCGAAGUAGAAUCUCAGGAAUACAAAGAAAUUGAUGGAAACGGUGUAACCAAGUUCGAUAAUGAAAUAGAAGAAAAUAAUUCGGAAAAGGAUGAAGAUGAUAGCAUUGAUGGUGAAGGCGAGCAGAAAACUUUUAAAUCAUCUUGGGGCCGCCGUCGCCGUUUUCGUUGGCUUCGUCGUCAUCGUCGCUAUCGCCGCCAACAACCGUUUGUAAAUUCUUGCUCUGGCUACAUAACGAGUUUAACGCAAUGCCAAAGUUCGCGUAAUGCUUUGCAAAGGCAAGUUAAUAGGUUAAGAAACCAAAAUGCUCGCUUACGUCGAAAACUUUUCAAUCAACGCUUAUUAAUUAGUCAAUUGAAAAGUAAAAAUAUGCGUCUUUUUGGAAGAAUAGCGAUACUUAGGAGGCGACUCCUCAACUUAAGACAACGAUAUACUAAUCUACGAGGGUGGUAUAAUAGUACGAUUAUCACCUUAAAACAAAGAAUAGCGAUAUUACGAGCGAAAAUUCUCAGACUUAGGAGGAUUAUUGCUGUUAAACAAGCCAAAAUUAAACGAUUGAUUGCAGUAAUUAGCGUUAAAAAAUCGAUUAUUAGACGCCUAAAACUACGACUUAUUUCUAAAGAUGUCACUAUACGUCGUCAGAGAACGAUAAUCGCCUUAAAAAAUCGUAAAAUUGCUACUCUACAAACUCAACUGGCCAAUAAAGACAAUACCAUUAUACAGUUAUAUCAAACUAUUGCUACUAAAGACAGUCUCAUUCAACAGCUCUAUGGUAGAAUAGCUACUAAAGAUCGAACUAUUUCUCAAUUGCGUAGUACAAUUAACACCAAGAAUCAAGAAAUCACACGACUGAAAGGAAUUAUCUCUAAUAAGAAUCAUCGUAUUACUCAAUUGCAGCAAACUAUCAGUCAUAAAGAUACUACUAUUAGUCAACUACGACAAACUAUAAUUGAUAAAAACGGCCAAAUUACUCAAUUGCAAAGUACUAUCCAAAGUAAAAAUGCAAUAAUCAAUCAAUUACGAGGCACAGUUGCCAAUCAAGCUGCUACUAUCAAUCAUCUGCGACAAAUUGUUACUAGUAAAAACACGACCAUUCAGAAAUUACAGGCUAAGGUUUCUAAUCAGUCUCGACUUAUUGGUCAACUCAAUACAACUAUAUUAAAUCAAAAAACUCAAAUUAGUCAGUUGCAUGCCAUUAUUGCUAGUAAAAAUUACACGAUUGAUAGUCAAAGUCAACAAAUCGCUGUAUUGGCUGGUCGUAUUGGUAAGCUUACAGCUAGAUUACGAAUAUUGACGGUUUCAUUAGAAUCUGCAUCAGCAACAGCGGAUACAUUGCGACAAGAAAUUAGAAAGCUUAACGGUAAAUAUGAAGUGUUACAAGCUAGAAUGGAAACUCUCAAUAUCCAAUAUCAACAUUCCCAAAAUGAAACUGCUCAUUUAAAUUCGACUCUGCAAGCAAAAAAUAGUCAGAUAGAACAAUUAAAAUUAGAUAAAAUACAGUUAAAUAAAAAUAUUACGACACUGACUAAUCAGGCUCAAGAUUUAAAUCAAAAACUAGAUUAUCGAAAUGAAGAAUACAAAAAUCUAACAUUUAGAUACGAUAAAGCCGAUAUUUGCUGCCAGGCUUGUAACAGAAAACCCAUACCCGAUAAUCCGUUUAAUGUAAUAUCGAAUGGUAGUACUAAAAAUAAAGAUGAAAAGGCUUUUCAAGCUUUGCUGGAAAAUGAAUUGAAUGAAGAGAAUAUUUCGGAAAACAAGAUAGAUGAGAAAUCGUCAGAAAUUGAAUCGAAGAAGGAAGAUUUGGUUGAUAAUCUGUUUAAGAAAGAAUUUAAAGAGGACUCUUUGGAAAAUGAGUUUGAUCUAUGGCAGACAAAGACUGAUAAAUCAUAG